AUUUUAAUAUUUUUAAUAAUAUUUUCUUGCUAUGCUACAAAAUAAAAAUAGUUUCUAUGACUUAAGUUCAACGUAUAUACCCGCUCCAGAUCCCAACAACAAAUUAGUCCCAAUAACUAGCGAAGACUUAAAUUUGGCUAAAGUUUACGAAGUCAAAAAAUCUAAAAGAAUACACUAUGGUCAAGAUGGACUGUCAAGUUACCCAAUGCAGACACAAAAUCGGGGCGUUUUGCUCAUGGUCAACAUCAUAGAUUUCCCAAAUAAAGAACUUGAACGUCCAAGUGCUAAAAACGAUUCAGAAUGUUUGCUACAUUUGUUUCUAGAAUUCGGAUACACAUGUUUUUCAUAUCACAAUCUUACGAAAAAACAUUUUUUUGAUAUAUCAAGAAAACUUAGAAAAUCUGAAUAUUUGGAAAAAACAGAAUCUUUUUUUUUGGUAGUGAUGUCGCAUGGCGAAAUGGAAAACAUGCACGAUAGAGUGCAAUUUAGUGAUGGAAAAAUGUGCAAAGUGGAUAAAAUAGAAGACCUCUUUUCAGAAACCAAAUGCAAGAGUCUAAGUGGAAAACCUAAAGUAAUGGUUUUUCCUUUCUGCAGACAUGCAUCAGAAAACCGUCCCGAAAAUAAAAUGGUCGACUGUUGGCCUUCAGUUUAUAAGCCACAAUCUGUUUUUUCAGAUAUUCUCGUUUGCUAUGGAACGAUUAGAGGGUUUCAAUCAUGGCUAGACAUUGAGAAAGGAUCAAACUUUAUUCAGGAAUUUUGUGAGACUCUUGCUGAACACGCCCAUGACACGCACUUGGAAAACAUGCUUAAAAUGAUCGGCAAAAAGUUGAAAGAUAAGGAUAUACAAAUACCUGCUUUUUAUAAUUAUGGAUUCGACAAACUAUUGUAUUUUAAUCCAGGAAUACAUAUAUGUGAAACAUAA